AACGUGACAUUAAAAAUAUGGACUUUUUGCCGAUGAAUUUCUGCGUCUUUCGCUUGUGCGGCGCAUGGAAAAAGCGGAAGGAGAGCAACUUGAUAAUACGCUUUGCUAGUUUUUGUCACAGGUACGCCAUCGUCAUCUCAAUAUAUUACUUCACGGCAUCCAUGAUAAUUCGGCUCGUACAUAUAAGAAAUAACAUCGAGGAAUUAAUGGAAAGUUUGUUCAUUACUCUGACUUUCGUGCAUCUGUGCCUGAAGUAUACGAACUUUUUGGCGCGGCAGUUCGAAGUGCGCGCUCUGUUAGACUCCUUUCACGCCAAGCUAUGUCAGCCAAAGAACAGUGCGGAGGAAUCGAUUCUGAAGCGAUACAGUCGCAAAGCUAACCAGAUAGCCUGGUUCUACAUGAUCUUAUGUCAAAUGACGGGCCUGUUUUUUAUCAUUUCACCUGUCUUAGCUUCGGACAAGAGACCUUUGCCGUAUAAAGUGUACGUACCAUACUCUAUCGCACCGCUGUUUCCUUACGUGUUGACAUAUAUCCAGCAAGCCACAACCCUAACUUGCUCGAUUGCUUUGAACACGUCUUGCGAUACCCUCAUUUAUGGUCUCAUUAUUUACACCUGCGGACAAAUCGAGCUCCUGUGCCAUCGAAUGAUGGAGACGUUCAGAUAUCUUGGUGAGAACGAGAUCGAGGCAAGAAAAAUCAACGCGAUUGAGAACGUCGUUAUCGCAGAAUGCGUGAAGCACCAUAUAUCGAUGUACAACAUCAUAUAUAAAAUACAGUCAUUGUUUGUGUGGACUGUCGCUAUUUUGUUCUUCUUCAGUCUCGUUACUCUCUGCACCACUAUCUACCAGAUGUCCAAAAAAAAUUUGUUCAGUCUUGAGUUCAUCACUCUUACGUUGUACCUAGGAGCGAUGCUGUUUCAAACAUUCUUAUAUUGCUGGUACAGUAAUGAGCUCGACUUGAAGGCUAAAUAUAUCGCGCACGCUAUCUACGCCAGCAACUGGACUGUAAUUUCGGCCAAGCAACGUAAAAGUUUGCUGCUCGUGAUGAUGAUAAGCCAACGAGGAAAAAUACUCUCCACUUACGGAAUUUUCGCUUUGCUUCUCAGCACCUUUACGUGGAUCUUGAAGACGUCCUACGCCGCUUUCAACUUGCUGCAGCAAACUUCGAGUUAGUACCUCGCGCGCUGGUAAUAAAACAUACGGUGGCAUUUAUUGUUCCUUGUUUCGAACUUAUCAGUAUCGGAAUCAUAUCGAAUGUAUUUUCGUAUCAUAUUUAUAGAUGUAGUAGUUUAUAUCGCAUGUUUAUGUAGAAUACCAAUAGAAUCGUAUUUUUAUACUAGAUGCUUGUUCCUUAGACUGUUUUGAACGCAUCUCGUGUGUCCUAUCGUAAGUGGAAAAGAAUAAAGUGAGAUUCCCUGUUGAGUAA